UAUAUUUAUUUACUCAGAGAUGUUCCAAGCACGGAGAUUUCAACUUCCCAGAAAUUUGCUGUCUCGGCGUAGAUAAGGUCGGGCCACGAUUCCAUCCAUUACAACUUCAACCUUGCAGUCUUCCAUAUGGCCAUGAAAAGACAUCGUCAAAACAGAGGGGACACCGUUGAACUUCUGGGCCUACUGACUAGAAAACCUAGGAUAAAGCCUUACAGUGGAUGGAUGUAUAAAGCAUAUUAUUUUUUUGGUGUUACAUUGGGGUCGCUUCUUGUUCGUCAGCAAAGUAUAUUCUUGAUAACGGCCGACAAAACGUCACAUUCGACCAUGGCUUAGAAAUCUGCGCUCAUGAUCGAUGGGCGAGCAUAUAUUCAGAUACUCUGAUUGGAACUGUCCUUCUGUGCAUACAGAU